CAUCUUCCUCGGGAUCUCCUCAAGAAAAUGUUGGACUACGAAUGGGACAACACCUCCGCCAUAAUGGGAUCCGGAGAAGAACGACACCAUCACCAGGACCUUGACACAACCCGAGCCUUGUCCAUUUUCGACCCGACCCAAACCAAUCAUCACCAGUCCCCUUACAACAACUUUUCUCCACCGCUGUUUUCUUCCCAACAACAUUUGACCGUCGUAUAUGGUCAUCAUCAGACCGCUCAUAAUAUCCCAACAAACCAGUUUCAUCACUCCUUCUACGACCCUAAUCCUUACUCCUCCAGCUCAUCCGAUUCCAUCUACCAUGCUCACUCUUCUGCUUCAGCCUUGUUCUCUUUCGACCAAAGUGGACCAGCAGGAUCCGGAUCUUCUUACAACUUCCUCGUACCCAAGACGGAAGUGGACGUCUCUCGGUCGCUCGAUUUCAGCACGUCAAACAGGAUAGGCCUGAAUCUGGGAGGACGCACUUACUUCUCGGCCGGAGACGACGAUUUCGUGAGCAGGCUGUACAGGAGGUCUCGACCCGGCGAGCUGCUGGGAAUGGGGAACUCGCUUAGCACUACUACUACUACUCCACGGUGCCAAGCGGAGAGAUGCAACGCCGAUCUGAGCCACGCCAAACACUACCACCGCCGCCACAAAGUGUGCGAAUUCCACUCAAAAGCUUCGACGGUUGUGGCUGCGGGGCUCAGCCAGCGCUUUUGUCAGCAAUGUAGCAGGUUCCAUUUGCUGUCGGAAUUCGACAACGGGAAACGGAGCUGCCGUAAGCGACUUGCUGACCAUAACCGCCGCCGCCGUAAAUGUCACCAGUCAGCCUCCGCCAGCGGCAAACACACUCCGGAUAUUAUCACCACUCCAAAGUCAGCGAACGAUUCGGGUGUAAAGUCGUCGUCAGCGUCUCCAUCCAGCGGGCCGACCCCAAUUUCUUUGGAAUGUUUCCGGCAGAGGCAGUUCCAAACCACAGCGUCGUCUUCCACGUCCGCAAUAUGGAGUAGCUUAGCUCCUACGUAUAAUAUUUAAGGUCGUCGUUGUUGUUGGAGAUUGAUAGUUAUUUGGUCAUGUUGCCUUUCCUACUUUCAAUUGUUUUAAAUGUGUGUUUGACUUAAUUAUUAUAUUAACCUCGCUCAAUCGAUUGGUCGAUUAAACUAUUUAUUUUU